AUGGGGCAAAGCAAUUUGAAGUGUCUCUGGGCACUGUUCAUGUUUCUGGCUAUCGGCUUCGGUUCCGCGUGUACGAGCUACGGUGUUGACUAUUCCAACGGAGGCGCAUAUUACAUUGACGGCUCAUCGAACCAAUAUUUCAGUUUCGUCACUAUAUUUCAAGGAUGUAAUCAAGAGUCGAUCAGCCCGGUCCUCAUCGGGCCAGACAACAACCAAUAUGCGUGUUCAGCCAUCAGGACCGAGCAAGCCGGUGUACAAGUCACAUCGACCUGUGGCAUUCCUUUCUCGGCCAUGAAGUCAGGGAACUGGAAGAUUAUUCUAUCCGGAACCCAAGUUUCAUCACAACGCACCUUCUCGGUAACAGUCGGCACGCCUGAGACUACCUGGGUCACGGCGACACCAACCGUUGUUGUCGGCGUUACUACUACAGCAAGAGCCUCGACUGUUUUGACUACCAUUGUGCAGACUCAGACUCUGAUCAUCGUACCCCGAACCGUUACUGCAGCAUGUAGCGGACCUACCCGGACAGUCACAAGCUAUCCACAAGCACCGACGGCCACAGUCAGAUCGACGGUCACCCGGACAGCAACUGAUAGGCAGAUAACAAGUUACUGGACCACCAUAGUCACAACAACAGCAAAGUGCAAUUAUCCUACCAGAAAACGAGAUGUAGCUGCGACUCCCGCCGCACAGGUCGCCGCAAUCACAUCGACAUACACACAAACCACAUAUACAGUCACCAGGACAACUACGACAACUGUUGCUGGAAGGGUGACUACCGAAACUGUCCUUCGAACUACGACAGCCACAGUGUAAGCACCCUUCCGUAGCAACAGCACUCUCCUCGCUCUUCUCUUCUGACAGCUAACACUGGUCUUUCCUCCAGCACCCCUCCGCCAUCAACGGCAUGUGUAGGAAACGCACCUGGUUCCACUGUGACUGUUAUCAGGACAAAGAGCGCCGUAACCGAAACGAACGUUGUAUAUUUAACGAGCCAUCUGUCUGGCACUGUCUGGGUUGGCCAAACGCAAUACACUACAAUUUCCAACCCUGUCAGCGCUACAGCUUGCUGGAGAGCAGGUGGGUGGUAUGGAAAGUAGUAGCCUACGACAUCCACAUGAGCACUUUAGAUCCUCGGAGAGAGAUCUGCAAUUGCCUGACAAUUGUUUGCGGGCAUGUUGAAGGAUUGUGAAUAACAUUAUCCUGGCACUUUCUGAUACGCCGCAAAGGUUGGAGCAUUCCAUAUACUUGAUCAUCGUACAACACUGCCCAUCGGAUUUUGACGAUAAAUGUGUCCAAGUACUCAUGCACAACACUCUUCCAGUUCCAUUAUGGGGAGAAGCAUUUAGUGUUAAGGGUAUAAGUAAA